AGUUGACCACGAACUUCUCCAGCGAGAGAACCACCUAGAGAGAGCGCACAUUCGUAGAGAAAUCAUAAAGCAUGGGUUGUUGUUCGAGCAGCAUGAAAAUCAAGGAGCUGAGAGCCAGGCCAGAGCUGGAGGGCAGCAUCUACUUGGCGGCAGGCAACGGCGGCAGUGGCAAGCGUCUGUACAGCAGUCGGAACAGCAGCGGCAUGGGCAGCAGCUCCUGCAGUAGCAGCAGCAGCACCACCACGCGGAGCAGCAAUCGGAGCAUCUGGAGCCGGAGCAGGGCCAUCUGCGAUGACUUCUCCGAGCAGCCGCAGCAGCAGGAGAUCAGGGAGCUGGACCUGGAGCGAUCCUGCGGCUACUACACAUGCAGCAGCUCGGCCUCCACACCCACAAAGCAGCAGCAGCACCAGCUGAUGCGCACCCAGGACAUGGGCAACAGCUCCACGGGCUCCGCAGAAUCAAGCGAAUCGAAUGAGUCCACAGACUCCAUUGAGUCCGCGCCGAUGGUCAGCAAUCUCGAGUGGGAGAUGUACAUGAUGCAGCAGGCGCAGCGCAUCAUGCCAAAGACCUCGUCGCCCAUCAGCCAGCGACGCGGUGAGGCUGGCGGCGACUCCUACAACAAGUGGCGCAACUAUCUGCAGGGCACCCCCGCCCACAUGCUGCACAACGUCACCCACAUACCGGAGGCCAUUGCCGGCCAUUUCUGCCCCACCACCUUUCCGGCCUUUAGCGAUCUAGAGGACAUGGAGAGUGCGGCCAAGCGUUUCAAGGUGGACGUGCAAAUAGAGGAGCAGAUGGCCAUCGACCCGGAAGAGGAGCCCCUCUUCACCACCUCACAGCUGCUGGCAGGGCAUACGCACACCAUCACCACGGACCUGUAGGGUGGGCUACCGCACAGCUCCGCCUGGCACGGAGCCGUCUCUCGGUGGCCCCCAAACGACUGGCAACAGGUGUGCCAGCUGUCAAACAGUUGGGCAGACAGGCAAUCCCCAUUCCCAUUGCCCAGCAAUGCUAAUUAUAAACGGAUUGCUUCGAUCCAUGUAUAUACACGUAUAUUUUUUUGUCUAGAUUAAUUUUAUCAUAAGUGAGAGACAAUCCAACGACUUGUAAACGAUUGGAUAAUGCAAAUAUAAUUAUGAAUUCAAACAAACGAAAA